ACACCUCCAGCGGCACAGGUGGCUGGGCAGGGCCUGGAAACAAAGUCAUAAGAGCAGCACCUUGAAAAAAAAAGUCCUCUCUCCUGGACUCCCCGCUCGCUAGUCGCAGGGAGCCCUCGGAGCCGCCACCAUGGGAAUGUCCAGAUCACAGGGCUGCUUCGGUUACCCCCUGAGCAUCUUCUUCAUCGUGGUCAAUGAGUUCUGUGAAAGAUUUUCCUACUAUGGAAUGAGAGCGCUCCUGAUUCUGUACUUCAGACGGUUCAUUGGAUGGGAUGAUAAUCUGUCCACGGCCAUCUACCACACGUUUGUGGCUCUGUGCUACCUGACGCCCAUCCUUGGCGCGCUGAUCGCGGACUCCUGGCUGGGAAAGUUCAAGACGAUCGUGUCGCUGUCCAUCGUGUACACAAUCGGACAGGCGGUGAUUUCAGUCAGUUCCAUUAAUGACCUCACAGACUUCGACCAUGACGGAAUCCCUGACAGCCUCCCCACACAUGUGGCACUGUCCAUGAUUGGCCUGGCCCUGAUAGCUCUGGGAACCGGAGGAAUAAAGCCCUGUGUGUCUGCGUUUGGUGGAGACCAGUUCGAAGAGGGCCAGGAAAAACAAAGAAACCGAUUCUUUUCCAUCUUUUAUUUGGCCAUUAAUGCUGGAAGCUUGCUUUCUACUAUCAUCACUCCCAUGCUCAGAGUUCAACAAUGUGGAAUUCACAGUAAACAAGCUUGCUACCCACUGGCAUUUGGGGUCCCUGCUGCUCUCAUGGCUGUAGCUCUGAUUGUGUUCGUCAUUGGCAGUGGAAUGUACAAGAAGUUUCAGCCCCAGGGUAAUGUCAUGGCUAAAGUUGUCAAGUGCAUUGGUUUUGCCCUCAAAAAUAGGUUUAAGCAUCGGAGUAAGGAGUUUCCCAAGAGGGAGCACUGGCUGGACUGGGCUAAAGAGAAAUAUGAUGAGAGGCUCAUCUCUCAAAUUAAGAUGGUUACGAGGGUGAUGUUCCUGUAUAUCCCGCUCCCAAUGUUCUGGGCCUUGUUUGACCAGCAGGGCUCCAGGUGGACGCUGCAAGCCACAGCUAUGAGUGGGAAAAUUGGACUUCUUGAAAUUCAGCCGGACCAGAUGCAGACCGUGAACGCCAUCUUGAUCGUCAUCAUGGUCCCCAUUGUGGAUGCCGUGAUAUAUCCUCUGAUUGCAAAAUGUGGCUUCAAUUUCACCUCUUUGAAGAAGAUGACAGUUGGAAUGUUCCUGGCUUCCAUGGCUUUCGUGGUGGCGGCAAUUGUGCAAGUGGAAAUUGAUAAAACUCUUCCAGUCUUCCCCAAACAAAACGAAGUCCAGAUUAAAGUACUGAAUAUAGGAAAUGAUAACAUGACUGUAUAUUUUCCUGGAAGCGCGGUAACACUUGACCAAAUGUCCCAGACAAAUGAAUUUAUGACGUUUGAUGUAGACAAACUGACAAGUAUAAACAUCUCUUCUACUGGAUUACCCAUCACUCCAGUAACCCAUAAGUUUGAGCAGGGCCAUCGCCAUACCCUGCUAGUGUGGGCCCCCAAUAACUACCGCGUGGUAAAAGAUGGCCUUAACCAGAAGCCAGAAAAAGGAGAAAAUGGCAUCAGAUUUAUAAAUAGUUUCGAUGACAGCUUCAACAUCACAAUGGAUGGAAAAGUGUAUGUGAACGUCACCAGUCACAAUGCCAGCGAAUAUCAGUUUUUUCCUUUGGGCGUAAAAAGCUUUACGCUAAGCCCAACACAACAGACUCCACCACAGUGUAAGAAUGAUUUUCAAUCAUCCAACCUGGAAUUCGGUAGUGCCUAUACCUAUGUAAUCAGAAGGAAGAGUGACGGCUGUGCUGAAUUGCACAUGUUUGAAGAUAUUGCACCCAACACAGUUAACAUGGCUCUGCAGAUCCCACAGUAUUUCCUGAUCACCUGCGGUGAAGUGGUUUUCUCUGUCACGGGAUUGGAGUUCUCAUAUUCUCAGGCCCCCUCCAACAUGAAGUCGGUGCUUCAGGCGGGAUGGCUGUUGACAGUGGCUGUCGGCAACAUCAUUGUGCUUAUUGUAGCAGGAGCAGGCCAGUUCAGCGAACAGUGGGCUGAGUACAUUCUGUUUGCGGCCUUGCUUCUGGUUGUCUGCGUGAUAUUUGCCAUCAUGGCCCGUUUCUAUACUUACAUCAAUCCAGCGGAGAUCGAGGCUCAGUUUGAUGAUGAUGACAAGAAAAAGAGCCUGGAAAAUAGCUAUUCCACGGUGACUCCCGUCUCACAGACGCAGAUGUAAAUGUCAGGAAGCAAGUGGAGGAUGGACUGGGUCCGGAACAUGCCCUGGCUUCUGUCCCCUGGUGGCAGGACACUCUGAUGGGGAAGACUUCAGAAUUGCGAACCAAGAAAGCUCUUUUCUAAAAGCUGCCAGCGGUGAACCUAAAAGUCUGGAAGAAGUCUUUUUUUUUUUUUUUAAAGAAAAGUCAUAUUUAAAGCAUGCACACAUACACACAUACAUACACUUCUACAACCAUGAGUCUAUAUCCUGCCUUUAACUCCUUUUCUACCACAUGAAUGAAGUUAUUUUGGACUAAACUUUUUGAAAGGGUGGCAAAGUUCCAUAUUGUUUGCAUUCCAGCACUCUUUGAAAACACUGUUCAAUGCGGCAGGAGCCAAUGUGAAAAAGUGAAUUUACAGGCUUUAGAAUGGUAUAUAAUAAGCACCGGCUAGUAUUAACUGAUAACUUUACCUGUUGUUUUUUGUUUUGUUUUUUCCAUUCCCUACCUCUUUAAAUUUUGUGUGACUCAAAAGACCACUCAGGUAAAGGCCAGUAAUGACUUUUGGAGUUUCAGGAAUGUAUGAAAUACCUUCCUGUUCUUAAGAGCAAGUGUCUGUGUGUUCUGGGGGUAGGAUAAGAAAUCCUUAACAUGGGUCCUGAUUCUAAAAGUCAUGUACACUCAAUAAAAUGUCAUCAGAGGUUGAUAAAAGUAUGAACAAAAGCAAUGCCCACGUACAAUAAAUUCCAGGAACAUGAAAUAUAAGGUUUAUUUCUUCCCAGUCCUAUUUUUCCCAGGGAUAUAGAGCUUUCUAUGUGCAUAUUUAUGUACCAUCUUGUUUUUCUUGAUACUCAUAAGCAUUUUUCUGCUGGAACAAAAAUUCUUGUAGAGUGUUAUAAAGACUUCGUGCUUGA